AUGCCAGCAGCUACUAUGGCUUCAGAGAGCUCCUUAUUGACGUCGCUAGACGUCUCCACUGCCCCCCGACCAUGGAAAAGUCCCAACUUCAAACGCACAACUCGCCGCAACAAGACCCUCAAACAAAUCCUCACGCUCCCACCACCAACCAACCCCAACAUUCCAACCUAUGCGAAUAUCGAGGCACCUCCUUCUCUGCUACCACAGAAGAAGUACUGUGAUGUGACGGGGCUGGAGGCGAAGUAUACGGAUCCGAAGACGAAGUUGAGGUAUUGCGAUAAGGAGGUUUAUGGGGUUAUCAAGGGGAUGGCCAAUGGUGUUGAGCAACAAUAUCUUGGUCUUCGUGGAGCGAACGUCGUUUUGCGAUAA